UGCAAUAAAAAUGUUCCAUGGAUGUUUCAAGGUCAAUCAAUGUCCACAAAAAACCUUGAUUUUAACGGUAUAUUCAUUUAAAACCACUAAAAUCAACACCUGAUGUGUUUAAGAAGAGUUUUGUGAUAUGUUAUGCUUUUACAUUGCAGGUUUACUAAACCCAUGGGGCUUAAUAACCCACAGUUGUGUACAGUAGAAACAGUACAAUGGUACAGUUGAGACACCCAUUCUUAAUGCUGCAAAUGUUAAACCUUUAAAAUGUCAAUUGUGAUUAAUUUGAUUCCUUUUUUCUUUCCUUUUUCGACCUUUGUACCAGGGAAAUGCCCUAGAGCUUUGUACAUUUUUUUCUUCUUCUGAGAGUUACUUAUUCCCACCAUAUUCCCUUCAGAACACUGAUGAUCAGUUUUAGGCUAUAAAACAUGAGUUUGAUAAAUCAACUUGCAGAUGCAUGUGUCCACUCUGUUCAUACUACCCAACAUGGACUUUGUUUUGAAAUGUGUGGGAAAAGUUAUUUGAAUCAAGCGUAGGUUUAAGGUCAAAGUUGACCCACCCACGACGAACAAAAAAUAGUUUGCUUUUUAGGUGCUGCGCGCACGCAGGUGUAGAUCUCGUGACCGCGAAGGCUCUGAUUUUUCCAGAUGAUUACAAAGCUUCAAUUUUUUUUAACUGGUUCUGGUUGUAUUAAGUGUCUGGAGUUUGUUGCCUAGCAGCCUGAAAGUGUCUCGUGAUUGGUUGAUAGCUCGCACUCGCUCCGUUAAAACGCUUGUGGAAAAGAAAGGUGCACGAGAGCGCGCGUCAGAACUGUUCCGAACUCUCGUGAACCUGUCAAACCUUGAGUUGCAUCUGUUCUUCACGGUGAACAUUUCGGAUUUGAACAUCACAAGUCGUUUGCACGAUGUUCUUCAGUUUAUCGACAGAGGAUCAACAUCUUUUGAAGUGGGAACAGAGUAAAGAGCCAGAUGGAUCCAGCUCACCUCACACAGGCGCGCGUGCUUUCAGUGUAGGCUUAUAGGCUGAAGGGCUCAACAUUACCCAGAACAACAUGAUCACGGAUUCAUCAAGUGCGGCAGAGUUCUACGAGGACAACGCUUCACUGCUGUCCUUGGACUCCAGCGUAUUCUUCAGCGAGGCCGCACUGCCGAGCGACAAACAGCUGGACUUCUUCAUUAUAAAUGUCGGAGGUAGCCGCUAUAUCCUCUCUCAGGAACUUUUGGCCUCUCACCCAGAAACUCGCCUGGGCAAGCUGGCCCUCUCCAGUCGAGACUCUGCUUUAGACCUGUGCGACGAUGCAGAUUUCUUGGAGAACGAGUUCUUCUUUGACCGCAACUCACAGACUUUCCAGUACAUUAUGAACUUCUACAAGACAGGCCACUUACAUGUUCGGGAGGAGCUGUGCGUGAUCUCAUUCCUUCAGGAGAUCGAGUACUGGGGCAUCGAUGAGCUCCGCAUAGACAGUUGCUGCAGGGAUAAGUACUACCGCCGGAAGGAGAUGAAAGAGAUGAUGGAUAUUACCAAGGAUGAUGAGAUAAUGGACAACGAGGAGGAGGACUUCACCGGAGCUUUGUGCCAGGGCUUCCGCCAACGGAUCUGGGACCUCAUGGAGAAGCCGGACUCCUCCAAGGCGGCCAAGACGUUUGGGACGCUGUCCAUGUUCUUUUUGGUGGUGUCCAUCGUGAACAUGGCUUUGAUCUCGCUGGAGUUCUCUAUACUUGGUGCACCCAUCAUCUUAGAUGUUCUUGAGUACAUUUGUAUUAUUUGGUUCACCGGUGAGCUGGUACUCAGGUUCUUGUGUGUCAGAGAUAAGUGUAAGUUCAGCAGGAGUGUGGUGAAUAUCAUUGACCUGCUGGCUAUUCUGCCCUUCUAUGUGACUCUGGCCGUGGAAAACCUUCAUGGAGAGUCUACCGAACUGGAGAACGUUGGACGGGUUGUUCAGGUGCUGCGGCUAUUGAGGUCACUCAGGAUGCUUAAACUUGGCCGACACUCCACAGGUCUGAAGUCUUUGGGCAUGACGAUCGCCCAGUGCUACGAGGAAGUAGGCCUCCUGAUGCUGUUCCUUUCCGUGGGCAUCUCCAUCUUCGCCACAGUGGAAUACGCCAUCGAACACGACAUGCCGGAGACCACUUUCACCAACGUGCCCAGCGCCUGGUGGUGGGCCACCACGUCCAUGACCACAGUGGGGUACGGAGACAUCCGUCCAGAUACGACACUAGGAAAGGUGAUGGCCUUCAUCUGUAUCCUAUCUGGCAUUCUCAUCCUUUCGCUGCCUAUUGCCAUUAUCAACGAACGUUUCUCUGCCUGCUACUUCACGCUUAAAAUGAAGGAAGCGGCGCUGAGGCACGGGGAGGCACUGAAGCGACUGACGCGCAACUCGGCCUCAGAUAUAUCGGCGGUAGGGGUGAACCUGCGGGAUGCCUACGCCAGAAGCGUGCUGGAGAUGCUGCGGUUGCAGGGCCGAGAGCGAGCCAGUACACGCAGCAGUGCAGGAGAUCUCUGGUGGUAAUAGAAGGCCUGCAAGCUGCCGGAGAGAGAGAGAGAGAGAGAGAGAGAGAGAGAAAGAGAUUUUGUGGUAUUAUAAGGACCACAAAACGUUUGACAUAUAAGGAAUUAAACGUUUAUCAUGUAUCUGAUAUCAUAAACCUGCAUUUAAUUGCGAUCCUGUAACAAUCUAAUGCUGCUGUUGCUCAUUUUACAUACAAAUGGGGCGUUUCUUAAAGUCACAAUGUAUUGGAAGUAGUGACAGAUAUUAGCUACGUCUAAUAACUUAGGCAGCUGACUUGUCUACUUGUCUAGGCAAAUCUUCAUUUGUGUAUGAAUAUACCCCACGAAACUGAUUUCGGACGGUAUUCGAGUUAUGACAUUUUUAUUCAAGAUCAUGAAGUCAGAAAUAAAUGAAAUUUAAAAAUGGAAUAGUAUAUACAUGCGACUUUCAAGGCAGCAGCAGCAAAAACAGACAAAAAUGGGUAGAAAACGGUCAUAAAAUAAAUUAUAACUGUUAAGAUAAAUUGUAAAAAAUUAUUAUAAAGUAUAUUUUUUCAAAUGAACCAAAAACCAAACAUAAUAAGACUUCCGUGUGCGUGAUCUCUGUACCACUAUGUGGACAAUACUGAAUUGCAAAAAUAAAGACUUCAUUCAAACAGGUUUCCCAAACUGUGCCAUUGGUUGGACAAAAGUUAGCCCCACCCCAAACUCACACCAUUGGUUGAAUCAGUGUUGCUAUUCUAAUAGCAUUCUAAUAGCAUCAUAGAGCCAGGUUUUGACCGAAUCAAUCUACAAAUGACUUUAAGCACAUUAAUAUACAUUGAGAAGUAUUUUAACGAGAAAAUAAUCGUCAAAAUGAUUUUUCAAAAUUGCUACAUGUCUAUUCUGUUUAUAUUUGUUCAACUCAUUUAUUGUUGAAUACAUUUAAUAAAAUCUGUCUCAAUUUUCUCGUUCGGGUACUUAUUUGGGUUACAUUUACAUACUGUAAGAGCAACACUUUUCCAUGUGACUUGUUGAACCUUUUAAAAUAUCACAAAUAUCCUGAAGAUUGCAAUACCCUUGUAAGACCAACAGGUCUGCUAAAAGACGCAUGGCUUAUUUGACACAUUGCUCUGUGACAGUUGCAGCUCGACAUUCAGAGCUUAAGAGCUUAGAGAGAAUCAGUCGCUCCACUAGGCACAGCUAGACAGUAACAAUGAUUUGCACUGCAGGAAUAUGUUAUUAUAUGACAAGAUAUAUCAACAAGUAGACAUGGAUAACAAGCCUUAAAUCUACAUUUCAGUGAAAUUUAUGGUUGGAAAACAAGGAAUAAACAUUCUAAUAAACUAAUCCUUCUUUGUUUUUUGCAAGAAAAAUGUAUGAUACAUUCUUUUUUUGGCUGUCCUGUUGCUUUUCUAUGCGAGGAAUGGGUGAAAGAGGUUGAAUUUUAAUGUAAAAAUGUAUUUUUUUUAAUAAAUAAAUGAAAAUCCACCAUG